AUGGAUGAAGACUCGCCCUGGGGUGACGUUCCGUCACGAUCGCACUCCAACACCAACCUGGCUGCCCAAGCUACAGAAGACGAGCCGACAACAUCGACGGCGACCGAGCCCGCGCCUUCGACGACAGAAACAGACACGCCAGCCGUCCCCGAGAGCACUCGAUCCAAAGUCAAGAGCCCGCCGUCCAAGACGCGUCCGUCGCGCCGCUUCGGCACCCAGUCUACCACUCUCGAAGCACUCGACGACUCGCUGGGCCCGCUUGGUCCUCUGGGGGAAGUGCCUGCCGAACCUGCUCCUGUCGAAGAACGUCCCGCGCCGCCGCAAAAGGAGCAGAAUGCCCGCAAUGCUCCACCGACCGCUGUCAUGGAGUCUACCACCUUGGACGCCGAUGGCACUUCGACCACCUCGGGACGUGCUCCUCCCCCUGUUCAGCCUGCACCCGUGGCCGACGCUCCCAGACGCCAGAUGCAACCCAGCGUCAGCAUCGAGCAAGCUGCCAAACCCUCGUUCGACAUCAGCGUUGGUGACCCGCACAAGGUUGGUGACCUGACUAGCUCCCACACCGUCUACCAGGUCCGCACCAAGACCACCAGCAAGGCUUACCGAACUCCCGAGUUCACUGUCUCGCGCCGCUACCGUGACUUCCUGUGGCUGUACAACCAACUGCACAACAACAACCCUGGCGUCGUGGUGCCGCCGCCCCCGGAAAAGCAGGCCAUGAACCGUUUUGACCAGAACUUUGUCGAGAGCCGUCGCGCCGCUCUGGAACGCAUGCUCACCAAAUCUGCCGCCCAUCCCGUCCUGCAACACGAUGGUGAUCUCAAGUUGUUCCUCGAGAGCGAGGCCUUCAAUGUCGACAUCAAGCACAAGGAGCGCAAGGACGUCGGCUUGCCCGAGACAAAGUCGGGCGGCGGCAUGCUGGGCGCCAUUGGCCUGUCGGUCGGGUCCAGCACUAAGUUUGUCGAACACGACGACUGGUUCCAUGACCGUAGGAUCUAUCUUGAUGCCCUUGAGACUCAGCUCAAGGCUCUCCUCAAAUCCACUGAUACCGUUGUUGCUCAACGCAAAUCAUUGGCCGAGAGCUGCCAGGACUUUUCUGCUUCGUUGCAUCAGCUUGCUUCGGUCGAGCUGUCACCAGAACUGUCUGCUCCUCUUGAUGCCUUGUCUGACGUUCAGAUGCGCAUCCGCGACCUCAACGAUCGCCAGGCUCAGCAGGACGUCUUGACUCUCGGCAUCGUUAUCGACGAGUACAUCCGCCUGAUUGGCAGCAUCAAGACAGCCUUCCAGCAACGCCAGAAAGCCUAUCACAACUGGCACACAGCCGAGGCCGCUCUGCAGAAACUCAAAAACACGCACGAUAAGCUACUGCGAGCUGGCCGCACCCAGCAAGACCGCCUUUCUCAGAUGCAAGCAGAUGUUGCAGAUGCCGAGCGACGCGUCCACCAGGCACGUCUGCUCUUCGAAGACAUGGGUCGUUUGAUGCGCAGCGAGCUGGACCGAUUCGAGCGCCAAAAGGUCGAUGAUUUCAAGAGUGGUGUCGAGACCUUCCUCGAGUCAGCAAUCGAGGCGCAGAAGGAACUCAUCGAACUCUGGGAGACCUAUCUACUACAGCUAGAUGCAGAUGACGAUGAGUCCGUGCCAUACUUUGCCGCCGGUGUCAAUGCCAAUGAGCGCGGUACAGACCAAGAAUCAUCGAAUAGAGAUGCGUCUGCUGCUGGAGCUACCACCGACGAGAACAGCACGGAGGAACAGCAUUCUGAGCAUGCACCGGCGACUGCAGAGGUUGAAAGCGAAGCAUAG